CAGAAUCAAAAUGGUGUCCAAACUGCUCCUCUGCUGCUUCCUCGCCUUUGUGACUGGUAAUUCCAUUCCAGUUGAGUCGGACAUCGACGACGAAUAUGACGACCCCGUCCUGAACUUCGACGACCCCAUCCUGAAGAUUGUCGGUGGCUCAGUGGCGUCACGUGGACAGUUCCCAUGGCAACUACAUCUGAGGAGAAAUGGCGCCUUCACGUGCGGAGCUGUCUUGAUCUCAUCUACCCGUGCUCUUACUGCUGCCCAUUGCCUCAGCUCUGGAACGUACACAGCCACAGCUGGAGAACAUAGUCCUUCUACCACCAGUGGUAACGAAGUCACCCGUACUGUGUCUUCAUGGACGAGGCACCCAAGUUACACUUCGGGAUCUGGUUAUCCAAACGACAUCGCCAUCCUGAGGUUCAGUUCUAGCUUCCCAAGCACCACGUACAUCCAGACGAUCACAAUGGCGUCCAGCACAAGCAGCGACUUUACUGGAGUGACAUGUACGAUCUCGGGCUGGGGUAGAACGAGUGGUGGUGGAAGUACUGCUUCUACGUUGAGAUACGCGAACAUGCCCGCCAUUUCCAACUCGGAAUGUGCCUCACGAUGGUCAAGUAUUUCCGGAGCUGCCAUCAACUCAGGUCACAUCUGUGUCUACCAGUCAGGAAAAUCCGCCUGCAGUGGUGACAGUGGCGGUCCGAUGGUGUGCAGCGGAAUUCUGGCAGGAAUCACCUCCUGGGGAAUCUCUUCGUGCAGCGGUGGUUACCCGAGUGUGUAUUCCCGUGUUAGCUAUUUCAGAAAUUGGAUCAACUCUAAUCUGUAACACUAAGGAAAGCGAUGUCUGAAGUUGUUUGAGAUAACCUCCAAAUAAACAAAUUGUUUG